AUGUUAUCUGGCACCGUCAUCAACCCAUGUGGCCUGCACCCCAUGUUCGCUCUAGACGUCGCAGCAAGCAGCUCCCCUGCCCAAGCCCCACGCUCGGCCGAUGCCCUUGCAAAUAUGGCACGGCGACGAGCACUAUCCUCUCCCCGAUUUAAAAGAGAUUCAUCCCCUACCAUCCCGCGCAGGCGGUCCGUCCGGAGCAUGAAAAACCUCCUGCCAUUGGCAUUGCAUACCAACUGUUACACCUUUUCGGCCCAGGCCCAACCACUCUUCUUACGUGGCGGCAUGGCCCACCUCGACGUCGACGGCGAACUCAACAUGGACGCUUGUAACUUUCCCGAGUUGCUAGCAAACGACCUCGAGUUCUCAAACCUGAUCUUCACCGCCAAGAACCUGUCCGCCGGCGCCCCCUCCCCUGCCCUUGGAUCCGAUGAAGGGCAAUGGCAGUCCUCGGUGGCCCUGUCCAGCGCUGCCCCGCAACAGCACUCUGCGGUACGAUUCCAGUCGGCUGAACCGAAGACGGAAGAGAAGACGCAGUUCCGGGCAACGCAGCAUGAACUAUCAGACUCCGAAUCCAUCUCGAGCGGCCCUUCAUUCAGCGAAGUCGAGCCUGCAUCCUCAAGGCAACUGUCAGUAAUUACCGCUGCCACGUCUGUCACGGGUGGUCGAAACUCUGUGGCUUCCCACAAACGCCUCUCGUCGCUUGGCCACAACACCGACGCCAGCUGGAUAGACUUGGAGCCCGACGUGACUGCGGAGGACGAUGGCGCGAGCAUCGAUGGGGUCACUGUGCCAAGGCGCCUGCGACCAUCUUCAGACGUUGACGAGAGUCAUCGAGGCGGCAGUCCUAUCUAG